AUGAGCAGCUUCUUCAAGUUCUACAAGGCGUCGCUCCAGAGCCAUCCGAAGAGGACCAACGCGCUGACGACCGGGUUCCUCUUCGGGCUCGGCGACAUCGUCGCGCAGACGCAGUUUCCCGAGCCGGGGGCCUCCUACGACCCAAUGCGCACGCUGCGUCCGUUUCUAUACGGCGCGGUGCUGUUCUCCCUGGUGGGGGACAAGUGGUACCGGUUCUUGAGCACGGUGCGGCUCGGCAGGCUCCCGCAGGCGCAUUGGGCCAACGUCCUGGCCCGCGUCGCGUGCGACCAACUAAUCUUUGCCCCAAUCGGCGUCCCGCUCUACUAUACCGCCAUGGCCCUGAUGGAGGGCGGGAGUCUGGAGGACGUGCGCAUACGGCUGUCAGAAAAAUGGUGGUCGACACUGCUGGCCAACUGGAUCGUGUGGCCUGCAUUCCAGCUCUGCAACUUCUCUUUAGUCCCGGUGCAGCACCGCCUGCUGACAGUCAAUGUGCUGUCCAUAUUCUGGAACACCUAUCUGUCAUAUAGCAAUUCGACAGCUAGCUCCUAA